AAAGAGGAAAGUCGCCCACCAGCAACAGACUGUUAAAUAGUUUAUGAUUCAUCCAUAAUUGAUUAGUUCUGAAGGUUACUUUGGCUUCUCCCUCUCUCUCUCUCUGUGAUGGGUUCUCUUAUGGCAGGAUGGGACUCACCUGUCCCAGAUCUUAAAUCAGCUAAAUAUCUGAGGAACAGAUCAUUCACCAAAGAAGAAAUCGAAGCUUACUGGAGAUCAAAGAAGACAACAGAGGAAGAACACCUCAGGAGUACUCUCUCUAGUCUACAAGAAACCACUCAUCAGGAAAGUGGCCAAAAAGAAUCAGGAGUAAGACUUGAGAGAUCAAACUCCCUUCCCCUAACUGAUAUGAGGAAGGGUGAUCUCACAAGUAUGGUCUCUGAAACAGAUCCAGAUGAUGAGAAGAUCAUAAAGAAUAAUGCCUGGUGGACUAGGAGCAACUUUGCUUUUUUGAAUGAACCUCCUGUGAUAGUUACAGAAGGUCCUUCCUACAAAUAUGCAUCACAGUACCAUCUUACCAACUUCAGUUCCUCUGAACCAGCUGGUACUCGCCCUGGAUUAAUAACUACCUGAAUGACAUAUAUGGAGAUGAACUCAAUAAGCAAGGGAAGAAUACAAGUCUCUUCUCAUGACUUUGUAUAAAGAUGAUGAGGAUUACUGUAUAUACAAGGGUGAUUUGUAAUAGUGAUUUGGGAGUGAAAGGCUAAUUUUGUUGGACAAUGAAUAAAUUUGCUACUUAAUUUUCAUUUA